GGCUUGUAGAAGGUGAUGGAAAAUGGAUCAUACAGAUAUGAGAUUCUCAGGAUUGAAGGAUUGCGGAUCACACGUUAUUCAUCUUAUCCAGUUUUUGCUCUUCUUUUCUUGAUCUAUCUGUUUAUUAUGGUAUCUAAUAUUGGCAUUGUCAUAAUGAUAGCAAUGGACAAAGCUCUUCACAAACCAAUGUACUUCCUUUUCUGUAACCUUCCCUUGAGUGAUGCAAUCAGCGCUACUGUCGUACUGCCUGGUUUACUCAAAGACAUUGUGGCUGAAUCUGACAGGUAUAUCAGCUUUGUCGCUUGUGUAAUUCAAGCCUUUGGUGUUCACUCUUUGAGUACGAGUGCACACACUAUAUUAAUUAUCAUGGCUUUUGACAGGUACGUGGCCAUAUGUCACCCAUUAAGAUACCACACCAUAAUAAAUAACAUGAUGGUUAUAAGGCUUUCUGUAAUAGCUUGGAUAAUUGCUACUGUCCCAGUCGGGGCUCUUUUGGCCCUCACAGCAAGGCUCUCUCAUUGUACUUCAGUGAUAUCUAAUCCCUUCUGUGACAAUGCUUCUCUGUUUAAACUUUCCUGUGAGAAUUUGUCACUUAAUCAGAUUGUUGGUUUAUUCACCUCUGUCGUGCUUUGGACGAUGUCAAUAUCAUGUAUCGCUGUUACUUAUCUCAAGAUCGCACAUGUAUGUUUAAAAAAUAAAAACAGCAUGCUGAAAGGCAAGGCCAUAAAAACAUGUAGCACACAUCUGAUUGUGUAUCUCAUUCUGCUUGGAUGUGGCUGUACUGUUAUUAUUUUGCACCGUUUCUCAGCUUAUGAGGAACUUCGAAAUGUGGCCAGUGUCUUAUUUUAUGUUAUUCCAUCAAGCCUUAACCCUGUCGUAUACGGCCUUCAGACCAAAGAAAUUAGACAGGGCCUUAAGCAGAUAUUCCUGAGAAGAAAAGUGAUUCCAGGAUAA